UGUGUUAUUGCACUAUAGUAUAAUAUAUGUAAUGAAAUCCAUGUUAUGAUAUGUUUGUUUGUCAUUUACUUAGCUGAUGUGCGCAGAUAAGUAGGACCGUCAUUUUUUCAUGUUUCUCGUAGCUGAGAUACGUGAAGACUUCAGUUGAUUUUACCUAGAGCCGUUUCCUGUAGAUCUAGAGUCCUUUCUUGGAUGAUUUAUGGCUUAUGGAAACGGAUUCUGUGUUAGGAAAAUUUUGAGGAAGUCUGACAAUCAGAGUCUUAAUGACCUUGAAGUUUUAUUCCUUGACACGGGCUUUGGUAGCCAAUGGUGGAUAUAUUUUGGCUUUCUUGUUAAAUGGGAUACAGAAGACACACCUAGUUUAAUAUUUUUGUUCUGUUCAUUUUUUCUGUCUAGAGGCAGUUCUUGUGCGAUGAGUUCAAUUUUGUUGUUUGAUACUGAUUUACAAAGUAUUGAGUACAUUCAUUCUCUGGUAAAUUUCUGUUUGCCACGCCAAAGUUGUACAAGCCUGCUUGGGGACUUCUCUGUGGGUUUUGUUCUUGUUAUCAUUGUUUGUUUAGUUCUUCAUAAUCAUCUUAGGAUUGAGGAUUUCCCGAGGAACGCAAAAGCAAAACAUUAACAACUUUUCAGACCCUUUUUUGGUUCAUCGUGUUGGCUACAGAGAUGAAAACAUAUAGUUUUCAGGAGCCCAGUGCUUGAUGGACUGCUUGCCAAGCAGCAUUGACAAGAUAUCUCUGAAGAGGUGGUUCUUUAUCGAUAAAAGGGUUGGGUGAAGAGAUAUCUGGCAUUCAAAAAGCUUUGUUAUUUGAUUCAAUUUGCAAGGACAGUCUACUGUUAACUUUGACUUUAUUUGGACGUUAUAAAAAAUACUCUUACGAAUCUGAAUCCGAUGGACCUCAAAUCAAAUCAUAGUGCUCCUGUGCUCACUGAUUCUGCUCCCCUAAGCAAGUUAAGGCCACGCGGGUGCCAUGGUUUGAUGCUGCCAUACUCACCCUCAGGUGCACCUUUCUCGCCAAAUCUAUUACUAUCUAUUCCUAGGAGGAAAACUGGAGUGCUUGAUGAUGUUCGCUCCUGCGGUUGGCUGGAUGCCAUGAAAUCAUCGUCUCCUACUCAUAAGAAGUUUGCCAAGGAUAUUAACCAUGAGCUUUCCGCACCUGAUCCAGAAGUUGCCUAUCGCACCUGGCUGCUUAAAUAUCCAUCUGCGCUUGCAUCUUUCGAGCAAAUUGCAAACUUUGCAAAAGGCAAGAGAAUCGCCUUAUUUCUGGAUUAUGAUGGUACUCUUUCACCAAUUGUUGAAAAUCCUGACAAUGCCUUCAUGUCUGAUGAUAUGCGUUCCAUUGUAAAGGAAGUGGCAAAAUAUUUCCCAACAGCAAUAAUCAGUGGAAGAAGCCGUGACAAGGUGUAUGAGUUUGUAGGACUAACAGAACUCUACUAUGCGGGAAGUCAUGGUAUGGAUAUCAUGGGUCCUGUCAAGCAAUCUGUAACUGACUACCAUCAAAAUUGUAUCAAGUCUACGGACAAGCAGGGCAACGAAGUUAACUUAUUCCAGCCUGCUAGAGAAUUUUUACCCAUGAUUGACGAGGUUUUUAGUUCCCUUGUCAGGAUUACCAAAGAUAUUAAAGGGGCAACAGUUGAGAACAAUAAAUUCUGUGUCUCUGUACAUUACCGUAACGUUGAUCAAGAUAACUGGAUAUCAGUUUGGGAGUGUGUCCAGGAUGUCAUAAAGAAGUAUCCUCGCCUGCGAUUGACUCAUGGGAGGAAGGUUUUAGAAAUCCGUCCCACGAUCAAUUGGGACAAGGGGAAAGCUCUUGAAUUUCUACUUGAAUCACUAGAUCUCAGCAAUUGUGAUGAUGUGCUGCCAAUUUAUGUUGGAGAUGACCGGACAGAUGAAGAUGCAUUUAAGGUUCUGAGGGAGAGGAACUGUGGUUAUGGCAUUUUUGUAUCAAAAUCACCGAAGGAAAGCAAUGCGUAUUACUCUCUCAGAGACCCAGCAGAGGUCAUGGAGUUUCUCAAGUCCCUGGUGACAUGGAAGAAAUCGAGUGCUUUAUAAAUGUUACAAGGAAUUACAUAAAGAGGAGAAUACUAUAUAACAUACACAGACAACAUGAAAGGCAUUUUAUAUUCUUAAUUUCACUAGGAAAUACACUCGGUUGUUUUGAAGCAGAGUUGCAAAGAAGACCUCCAUUAGAGACCUGAGGACCGCCCUGCUUAACUAUUUCCGCUCGGAGCUCCUCGUCCUAAUUGUAAAUUCCCUUCUUUAAUUAUCUUUAGAGCAAUGCCAUCAUGCCCAAGUAUAUUAAUUCCUCCUUUUUUGCCUUCUUGACCUUCAGUUUAGGUCGGUUUGCUCUCUAGGGGUUUUAUAUAGAAUCCGGAAUAUUUGUUAAUUCUUUGAAGUAAUAGAGAUGAUUCCUUUUAUA